ACUUUACUGCUUUGACCGAAAUAACCGAAAGAAAGGGAGAAAGUAGAAACUAGAGUGCUCUGCGCAUGCGUGUAGGCGGCUAAAUUCAAACCUCAAGACGUUAGCGUCGAGGCUCGUUGACGUUGGGUUCCCACAUCGAUCUAAGCAAAAAAAAAAAUAAAUAAAAAAAGGCGACAUGAAAACAAUUUUAAAUUAGUUUACCAGUAAUAACACAAACCGUGGCCGUUGUAAAACCAGAGGAACUCAUAGCAACUACAAGGUUGAAAAUGGAGCCUCUGGAUCCUUUUAAGAAUGAUGAAGGCAGUGGAUUCUCCAAGCGCCGCAUUUCUUCGAUUUUAAAAGCACCGCGGAAAUCAAUCAGAAUCCCUGACCCUGAGCAACAGGAACAUACGGUGGAGUGUGCCAAACCAGUGGAAAAGAGGAAUUCAAGAAGAGUCAGUUUUGCCCCUGCAAAUGAUGUUCUCCUGUUCUCAAAGGAUGUAAAAAAUGCCUCUCCUGCCCGAAGUCCUUUGCAAGACUUAUUGACAACCGCAGCAGCCACACAAAAUAGGGUCCAAGUGGCGGUCACUGAAGAUGGAAUUCAACAAAUUGCAGGAAUGGAAACCCUUCUGAGUGCUCCUCUACACACUUCUCAACAAAGGGAUAAGGUCAACCUUGAUACUCGGGAUGACUUUGGGGAACGAACAGUGAUGUUUUCUACGGAUGAUGCAUUCAUGGACAUGACCCACUGUCACACUAUAAACAUUGGCAAUGAUGCAGAUUUACUUGCAGAUAUUUCCCUCCAAAACCAUGACAUUUUACCCACUAGCAGAGAGAAAACUGUGAUGUUCACUGCAGAUGAUGGAUCCAUGGAUAUGACCUUAAGUCACACUGUGAACAUGACAAACAUGUCAGUGCUACUAACCACUAGCAGAAACAUGGAUUUAAGUGCAGAGAAGAGAAACACACCCUCCAUGAGGCUUCCUGCUGGAGCAUCCUCUGAAGAGACAAGUGGCUCUCUGGCCCAGAUUAAAACGCACAUGGCUGAUGUGGAUAAAGAAAAUCAGGCACCAACCUCUCUUUCAGCUGUGAUGGCGAAGUCACUAAAUACAUCCAGGAUGAUUGGUGAAUCAUCUUAUCGAAGUGCGCUCUAUCCAAAGGAUGAUGUAAGCAUGGAUAUGACUGAAGCUCUGACAGGCCGCAUUCAGGGUUUUACUGACGAUGACGAUCCCUUUCAGUGUCUUUUUCCCACACAAGAAAUGUACUCCCACCUUGACAACAGAGUGUCACAGACAGCAGAGAAGACCAAACCACAACAGAGCAGUAAAAUGCUGGCAUCAUUCAACCCUAAAGAUAUGACCUCCUUGAAGAACACGUCUCUUCAUGAUUCUCAUCAAAGACAAAACGUCAACCUUCACACAAAAGAUGAAUGCAGAGAGAAAAUUAUAAUCUUCACUGCUGGUGAUGAGUUCAUGGAUGUGACUCAGAGCCACACUGUAAACAUUGCCAGUGGUUCAUUAGCUCCACCAAACCAAAAUUGCUCUCUUGGAAAAAUGGACAAUGCUUCAUCUCUGGAGGAGAGAAAACAAAAGAUUUGUGGUCCACCUGGCUCAUCAGCAAAUGGUGUGGAUCUAGGAUUUAAAAACUUCCUUGCAAAUCUCUAUGAAAAAAGUGCCCCCAGUGGUAGUUCGGUGAUUGCCAGAAAGGAACCUCCUACUGCAGCUGCAUCCUCUAAGGAAACCGUCACAAACAGCUCCCUGUCCCAGCUUAAAACCGAUGGUACUAAAGAAAAUCGGCCACUAAAUACAACCAGGAGCUUUGGAGAAUCAUUUAAUGGAGGUGCAAUCAGUACUGAAAAUGACGUGAGCAUGGAUAUGACAGAAGCAGUCCAAACUACAGCACUCACUGCCUCAGAUGAUCCUUUUCAGUUUCUGUUUCCAACACAAGACAUGUACCCUCACCGCGAAAGUCUGAAGAAACCAGAGAGGACUUCAGGACGGAAGAGUGCAGGUAUGGAAACCUCACUGAAGCCAUCUAUAAAGACAAAGGUGCAAAGACAUCAGGUCAACUUUGAUGCUGAAGAUGACUGCAGAGAGAAAACAGUGAGGUUCACUGCUGACGAUGGCUGUAUGGAUGUGACAAGAAGUCAGACUGUAAACAUUGUCAGUCAUUUAGGACUGCAGUCGCACCAAAAUGUGGGGUUUUUACCUGCUUGCGGGGAGAAGACCGUGAGGUUCACUGCAAGUGAUGCAGCAAUGGAUGUGACGCAAAGUCACACUGUAAACAUUGCCACUGAUUUCAACCCACAGUCGCACCAAAAUGUGGACUUUUUACCUCCUUGUGGAGAGAAGACCGUGAGGUUCACUGCAAGUGAUGCAGCAAUGGAUGUGACACAAAGUCACACUGUAAACAUUGCCACUAAUUUUGACCCACAGUCGCAUCAAGAUGUGGACUUUUUGCCUACAUUCGGAGAGAAGACUGUAAGGUUCACUGCAAAUGAUGCAGCAAUGGAUGUGACAAGAAGUCAGACUGUAAACAUUGUCAGUGAUUUAGGACUGCAGUCUAACCCAAAUUUGGACUUUGUACCUACAUGUGGAGAGAAGACUGUGAGGUUCACUGCAAAUGAUGCAGCAAUGGAUGUGACAAGAAGUCAGACUGUAAACAUUGCCACUAAUUUUGACCCACAGUCGCAUCAAGAUGUGGACUUUUUGCCUACAUUCGGAGAGAAGACUGUAAGGUUCACUGCAAAUGAUGCAGCAAUGGAUGUGACAAGAAGUCAGACUGUAAACAUUGUCAGUGAUUUAGGACUGCAGUCUAACCCAAAUUUGGAUUUUGUAUCUACAUGUGGAGAGAAGACUGUGAGGUUCACUGCAAAUGAUGCAGCAAUGGAUGUGACAAGAAGUCAGACUGUAAACAUUGCCACAAAUUUUGACCUACAGUCGCACCAAAAUGUGGACUUUUUACCUACAUGUGAAGAGAAGACAGAGAAGACGGUGAGAUUCACUGCAAAAGAUGCAGCCAUGGAUGUGACAAGAAGUCAGACUGUAAACAUUGUCAGUGAUUUUGAACUGCCUUCACACCGGAAUGUGGACUUCUUACCUUCUUGCAGAGAGAAGACGAUGAGGUUCAUGGCAAAUGAUGCAGCCAUGAAUGUGACACAAAGUAACACUGCAAACGUUGCCAGCAAUUCACUUUCAUAUUCAGGUCAAAAUGUGGACUUUCCUUUAUCUGCAAAGAAGAGAGAAAGUGAGGCAUGUCGUCCACAUAAAAAUCGACCUUCAUCAACACACACUUUGGACCCAGGGUUUAAAAACUCCCUGUCUAGAACGAGUGGCCUAUGGGCUAAGCCUGUGAUGACUGAAGCUGCUUCAUCGUCCCCUCAAGAAACGGUAGAUGCAAAUGAAUUCCUGAACCCACUUAAAACGCAGAAGCCUGAGGUUGAUACUGCAAAGCAAGCUCCAGGUUUUGUUUCAGCUCUCAUGGAGAAUCCAGUAAAUCAAACCAUGGCAGACUAUGCAGAGGACGAUGUAAGCAUGGAUAUGACUGAAGCUCAGACAGGCCACAUUUUGAGACAAACGUCUAUAGAUGAGCCACUUCAGUGCCCUGAUUCUGACCAUUUGAAUAAAACAGAGGGGACUUCACAACAGGGCAAUGGAGCACUAGGAUCGUCCAGCCCUGAGUGUGUGAAAAUCACAAACCGUCCUAAUCUUCUUGACUCAAAUGAAACUGAUAACAGGAAGGAACCCAAACCAAGACAUCAAGCUUGUUCACCCAGUGCUGUUAACGAUGUUGAUACAGCACCUUCAAGGAAGUCUAGACGAAUGAGUUUAGCUGAUCUUCAUUCAAAAGUAAGGCGUUUGAGCCACAUGAUAAAUACAGCUCCUGAUGCUGAUGCCCUGGACAGCUGCACAACACCUUUGCCUCAACUGGAACACGACAUGGACAAAAACUCAAAAGACAGAACCAAAUCUCUUCCUGUAGUGGAGCCUGAACUUGAAAUGGGUUUGGUGAACACUCAAGAAAACACACACGCACAAUGUCUUAUGGAAGGAGAAGAACCCUCUCCUACUACUACUACUACUACAAUUCCUUUCAACUUGAAAACCAAACAACUUAUGUCAAGACUCUCAGUGGGAGGCUUUAAGGCCAAACUCCCCCAACGAAGCAAACCCGAUGAGCCAAAAAAGGUGAAUUCAGUGGGAGAACACACAAGGACACUCACUGUGAAUGUUACUAAUCAACUGACUAACUUUGACAAUGAUGUGAGUGACAUUUACGAUGAAGAGCUUGGUAGCUGUGAAGAUAUGUCAGAAAUGCUGGACACAAGGAGUCCUCAGAAAGCCACUGGAAAAGUGAAUCCUUCCCGAGAGUUCAACGUGGAUGGGCCUUUAGAGGAUGAUGUGUUUGAACAGGACUUUAUUAGUCCUCUCCAUGUAAAGAAGAGACCUUUGCCAGUAGAUGAAAAUAAUAUGGAGGAUGAGAAGAGAAUAAAAGCCUCCACUGAGACAGCUACCAACUUUGAAAUGGGAUUACAGUCUGAUCUUGUAGAGUGUGACAGUAACAUUACUACAGCUCCAUGCAUCACUACACAGACGACAGAUUACUGCAAUAGCAGUCACACAGCCAGCAUCAAAUGUGAAGCUACAUUUGAAUCAUCUUUCAAACACAGCCUGUUUGAAUCCCAGCUUGAAGACUACGCCUGUGACAUGCAGAGGAAACUCAAUGAUGGCACCAUCACAGUGUUAGAGUUCUUUAAACUCUUCAACAUAGACUUUGUCAUCCAUAAUCCUCGGCAAAGUGUCCUUCCUGGCAGACUUUUGUCAGACACAGAACGCACACCGAUAGAUUUACUGAAAGACAGGCUUAUCAACCGUCCUAAACAGACGGUGUAUGAGACAGACGUCUUGAACCUUACAGAGAAGGUGGAGGGGCUGAAGGAGCGAAUGCGAGAUCUAGACAAACCACUGAAGACUGUCAAUAGACCUUUGUGGGAAGAAAUGAAAGACUCUUCAGAGAAAGAGCUUAAAUCUUUUGGUGCAAAACUAAAAGAGAGAAACAACUUGUUCAGAAAGAUGAGCAAAGUUCAGUCACAUGAAAUGAAGGAGGUGUUGUACUCAAACCUUGUGCGGGCUAAUCUGGAGGAGCAACAGAGGUUGAGAGGAACGAUUGAGGAAGCAGACGUGAUGAUAAAAAGUUUGGACGACUGUAUUGGUGAAUUAGAAACAGAACUGGCUGCAGUUGAAGAAAAAGGCUUUGAAAACACACCCAGUCUGAAAUCGCGUCAGGAAGAAAUGCAGAAAGUCACUGAGGCUUUGGCGGAUAAUGACCGACAAAUAUCCGAACUGGAGAUGCAGAAGAAGCAGAAUUCAAAUAAACUCAACAGACUCAAAGCUGAGACGAGGAACCUUGAGAGCCACAUCACCGCACUGCAAAUGGUCAAUGAAUGGAAGUUGGGAGAGAAGAGAGACAACUCCACGGUCUACACUUUUCUCCAUGACACCUUGCAUCUACAGUUGGUGUUUGAAAAAAAUGGAAAUGAUGCUGGUAAUCAGUCGGAGAGGAAAAUAUCACACAUCACAUUCAAACAACAAUUUGAUGAUGAGAAGUCUCAGGGCCAUGCGUGCCUUGUUCACAAACUACUCUCUCAGUACAUUGAGGGAGAAGCUGCCUGGGUAGAGAAGUAUCCAACCAGCAGACAUGUUCCAAAGCUGCUCCAUGACGUGGGCCUGGUGGUGAGUCGCUGUCGUCUGCUAGGAGAGGAGCUGCGUCUGCUGAAAAUGUGGGGGGGUCUAAGGCUCGACAUUCUCAACAUCAGCUGUGUGGACACUCAAGUGCACAUUGUUUUCAGCAGUCUUAAAAAAAUGUCCAAGUUUGAGGUGAUCUUCUCUGUCAGUGUGACCAACCACCUCUGUGUCCUUCAAGUGCAGAGCUUCAGAAACCUGAUCGGAACCACAACGAUCCAACAGAUUGAAGAUAUUGUGGCAUCGUUCAGCCCAGCCAAGAACCUCUUGACGAAGAUUGUCAGAAAGCUUCAUGAUAAUCUACUCUGUUGAGACCUAUAGAGGACUAAUGAAACUCUUUUGUACAUUAUAAAUGUUGAAAAAUUAAACAAUUUAAAAUCUAUUAGCUUUCAAAAAAUGAAUAUAGUGUACAGGUCCCAGUCUGUUUUCUCUUCCGCAGUGCACAUUAAGUGGUGGUUUUUCAUUAUAGCUUAUGUCCUCAUAAUGCAGCUGCAUCUGUUGAUAUUUUGCAUUUUGUUAGAAAAACUUUACAACAUAGUACAUAGAAAGGGACGAUGUAAACGUUCAAAUUGCUCAAAUACAGGAAAUCAGAAAAGUUUCAACUUGCUCUAGUUUGUUCUUGACUAAGGACUAAGAAGUGGAAUAGUUAUGUCACAGCUACAUAGCCAAUUUGAGGUUAUUCAAGUCAUUCUCAGUUGUCUUAGCUAUGCCAAAAUUUGGUUUAAUUUAUAUUUUGUCAUGGAUCAUGUGAAACAUUUAAAAUAUUAGAUCUGGUUGGUGUGGAUAGCAGACAGUGCUUCUUCUUGCUUUUUCUGUGCUGUUUUCAGAGUUGCCUCCAGAUGGAGGACAAGGACUGACUUUACAGUACUUAAAAUGGGCCUUGAUAUAUGUAUAUUAGAUCCUGUGUUUGAGACAAGACUCAACAAAAGGUUGUAUAUCUGUCUUAUUUUGUUGCAGCUUUGUGCAGUACAGAACAUAUGUAAAUAUAUUUCAUUGUGUUUUGUUCAUAAUGCUAUUACCACAGCUCCUCUGAUCUUUUUUUAAUUUGAAAGCAAGCUUUGUAAUAUUGUCUUACUUUUUGUAAAAUACAUGUCCUUGAAAAGAUAAAUGUACUCAAAGUUUUCCAUUAAAAAGAUGUUUACAAUCCUU